AUGCUCACCCUACCCCCCACCUCCCUUGCUCCCUCCUUUUCUUCCGCUUUCUUGACAUUGGCGCCUCCUUGUAAGGUCGGUGCUUCCUAUUUUAAUUUACAAUUUUCACUUCACCAAACUCCAUCACCUCACCAAACUCCAUCACCUCGCCAAACUCCAUCACCUCGCCAAACUCCAUCACCUCGCCAAACUCAUCACCUCGCCAAACACCAUCACCUCGCCAAACUCCAUCACCUCGCCAAACUCCAUCACCUCGCCAAACUCCAUCACCUCGCCAAACUCCAUCACCUCGCCAAACUCUAUCACCUCGCCAAACUCAUCACCUCGCCAAACUCAUCACCUCGCCAAACUCCAUCACCUCGCCAAACUCCAUCACCUCGCCAAACUCCAUCACCUCGCCAAACUCCAUCACCUCGCCAAACUCCAUCACCUCGCCAAACUCCAUCACCUCGCCAAACUCUAUCACCUCGCCAAACUCAUCACCUCGCCAAACUCAUCACCUCGCCAAACUCCAUCACCUCGCCAAACUCCAUCACCUCGCCAAACUCAUCACCUCGCCAAACACCAUCACCUCGCCAAACUCAUCACCUCGCCAAACUCAUCACCUCGCCAAACUCAUCACCUCGCCAAACUCCAUCACCUCGCCAAACUCAUCACCUCGCCAAACUCAUCACCUCGCCAAACUCCAUCACCUCGCCAAACUCCAUCACCUCGCCAAACUCUAUCACCUCGCCAAACUCAUCACCUCGCCAAACUCAUCACCUCGCCAAACACCAUCACCUCGCCAAACCCAUCACCUCGCCAAACACCAACACCACGCCAAACUCAUCACCUCGCCAAACACCAUCACCUUGCCAAACUCCAUCACCUCGCCAAACUCCAUCACCUCGCCAAACACCAUCACCUCGCCAAACUCCAUCACCUCGCCAAACACCAUCACCUCGCCAAACUCAUCACCUCGCCAAACUCCAUCACCUCGCCAAACUCCAUCACCUCGCCAAACUCAUCACCUCGCCAAACACCAUCACCUCGCCAAACUCAUCACCUCGCCAAACUCAUCACCUCGCCAAACUCAUCACCUCGCCAAACUCCAUCACCUCGCCAAACUCAUCACCUCGCCAAACUCAUCACCUCGCCAAACUCCAUCACCUCGCCAAACUCCAUCACCUCGCCAAACUCUAUCACCUCGCCAAACUCAUCACCUCGCCAAACUCAUCACCUCGCCAAACACCAUCACCUCGCCAAACCCAUCACCUCGCCAAACACCAUCACCUCGCCAAACUCAUCACCUCGCCAAACACCAUCACCUUGCCAAACUCCAUCACCUCGCCAAACUCCAUCACCUCGCCAAACCCAUCACCUCGCCAAACACCAUCACCUCGCCAAACUCCAUCACCUCGCCAAUUUCCCCCCGCCAAACACAUUGCGGGCCGGAAACUGGAGACUCUCAUAAAUGCUGUCCAGCAGCUGGAGACACUCAUAAAUGCUGUCCAGCAGUUGGAGACUCUCAUAAAUGCUGUCCAGCAGCUGGAGACACUCAUAAAUGCUGUCCAGCAGUUGGAGACUCUCAUAAAUGCUGUCCAGCAGUUGGAGACACUCAUAAAUGCUGUCCAGCAGCUGGAGACACUCAUAAAGGCUGUCCAGCAGUAUCCUCCCCCACGAUAG